AUGGAGGGAUCAUCGUGGAUUGCCGGAGGGGACUUCAACAUCUAUCUAAAUGACCAGGAGCGAAGUGGAGGAGCAGCUAAUGGAACACACAACAAAACAGGGGAAAUGCUUGAUUUUGCAGAGGUCAUCAACGACUGCAAUCUUAUUGACCCAAGAUCUGUCAGACUUCGAUUCACCUGGGCAAGAGGUGAUCUCUUCGAAAGACUUGACCGCAUAUUAAUCAAUGAAGGUUGGGCAUCCAAUGUUGCAACUACAAGGGUCACGGUUCUACCGCGGGUGGCCUCGGAUCAUGGACCAUUGUUAGUAAGAUGCUCAGAAUCGGAUACAAGGCCUCACGCCCCCUUCCGGUUUCAACAUAUGUGGAUUAGACACCAUCUUUUCCUUGAGGAAGUUAAGAAGUUGUGGAGUGUGGAAACUGAGGCACAGGGCAUGAGAAAGCUACAUAUAAAACUUGGUAACGUAAAGAAGGGUCUAAAAAGUUGGAAUAAGGAAGUGUUCGGGAAUAUCUUCGUCCGACUUCGAAAUAAAGAGGCAAUGGCAGUUGAGGCAAAACAAUCCUUUGAAGCAGAGCCGACAACAGCUAACAAAGAGACGCAUAAUAGACGCACUGCAGAAUACCUGCUAUGCCUUCGGAUCGAGGAGGAAUAUUGGAGGCAAAAGGCUGCCAUUCGUUGGGUGGUCGAAGGGGAACGAACUACAAAGUUCUAUCAAGGUUGGGUGAGACAAAAAAGGGUUAAGGCAAAAAUCCAUGAGAUCAAUGUGGAGGGCAGACUCAUCUCGAAUGAAGAAGAACUACGGCAAUCGGCGGUGGAUUUCUAUCAAAACCUCUUUUCUUCUGAUAUUGCAGAGCUGGAAGAACCGCAACUCGAUCUCAUCCAAGGGAUACCGAAUGAGCUUAAUGCAGGGGAUUUGUGCAAAACCCCGAAUUGUGAAGAAGUCAAGCAAGCAGUAUUCGGCAUCUAG